AACUGUGAUCACUUCCUGUUUUCAUUUUUUUUUUUUAACAGUGGUCUGAAGUAGCAGSCAACAGAGUUGAUCUCCGUAAACCACUGAAAUGUCUUCGAAGCCCACUUGUCUAAUUGUGGCCAGUGCAGCUUCACAAGGAGUGUCUGCUCGGUCGUUCCAUCAAGCCUUCUGUCUCUGCAGUUCAGUGUUCAACCUGCAGACGGCUACACCAGGGGGGAAGCCCAUAGAUUUUGUCGGGGUGGAUGAAACCACAGCCAGAUGGGUCCAAGACUUCAGCCAAAAGUCUUUUGCGACCCCAGCCAAGUUGGAGUCAAUAGACGGUAACAUUACAUGCAUAAGUGCUCGGUACCAAGCUCUGCUGAUUCCAGACUGUCCUGGUGCGCUCACUGACCUGGCACACAGUGGCUCUCUGGCACGUAUCCUCGCACACUUCACCUCACAGCAGAAGGCGGUGUGCGCUAUAGGACAAGGGGUAUCUGGUCUGUGCUGCGCCAUAGARGGACAGAAGUGGAUCUUCACUGGCUACAGUCUCACUGGGCCGUCUGUGUUUGAGUUGGUGAGGAGCCCAGACUUUGCCAACCUGCCUCUGAUCGUGGAGGACUUUGUCAAGGACAGCGGAGGAUCGUACACCGCUAGUCAGGAGGAUGCCGUGCAUGUCGUGAUCGACAGACACCUGGUGACCGGACAGAACAUGCAGUCUACGUCAGUCGCUGUCAAUAACCUCAUCAUGCUCUGUAAUGGAAAGUAACAUGUCUUCUGUUCAGCUACGUAGGGACCAAGCUAACAAGCCUUGGGCCGGGAUUCAAUCCGAUCGUGCUUUGACGGCUAUGCGCCAUUUUUAAAAAGGUAAUCUGCCAUGGAAUCGACAUAUGCCGCGUUUAUCAUGAAUGCGUGGGAAUAUUGCCUUUUAAAAGGAGCUACUGCCUUUGAAAAGCAACGAAUCCAUUUGAAAAUGGCCAAUUUGGCAUCGAUAUGAGUUAGUGUAAAUCGGAUCAUUUUGGUCAUAAAGUGGGUCUCGUCUAAAAUGGAGUUUGGAAUAUCUGUGUGUCACAACGGAUAAAUGAAGGUUGGGUUUUGAUUUGACGAUGUCCAUUUACCCACUAACAUGGGGUGAACAGCUGCKGUGAUUGYUC